CGGGAAGGGAAGUCGUGGCGGCGGCGGCAGCGGCGGCGGGGACGGCAGCGACGGCGCCGGCGGCGGCGGGGACCGCAGGAGCGGUGGUGCUGUCAGUUAGGCCGUCGGAGAAAUGGGAGACCCGGGGUCGGAGAUGAUAGAGUCUGUCCCUCCAGCGGGGCCUGAGGCAUCUGAGGCAACAACGGAUGAAAAUGAGGAUGACAUUCAGUUUGUCAGUGAAGGACCAUUGAGACCUGUUCUUGAAUACAUUGAUCUGGUCAGCAGUGAUGAUGAAGAGCCUAGCACCUCUUAUAGUGAUAGAAUGCCUGAGUCUAAGGUGCCAUCCUCUGAGAAUCAUCGCCCAGAAAUGUGCUCUAGCUGCAGUGUUCCUCUUCCCAUUGGAGACAGCAGCUCCUCCUCUGGGAGUUGCACCAGCAGUCCACAAAGGAUAGUUUCUCAACCUUCUUCUGUUGAGAACCCAUUGGAGAACCAGAAAAAUGAUCAAAGUAAUUCAGAUAUUAAGAUCUCUGAGACAGAGACACUUAAACCAUCACAAAAUUUUCAGACUCUGCCUUCAUCUCCAGUUCUGGUCCCCCAAGAAUCUUUGGCCUUUUCAGAGGUCAAGGAGGAUUUACCUAUAGAGUCUUCUUCAGCUUCACAGCAUGGACAGGAUGCCAUCCUUUAUCUUCAGACACAAGUGGCUGAGAUGUCCCGAGUGAUACGUGAUCUGCAGUCUAGGAGCUGUUUUAGAUUUCAUCAUUCUAGGCCAAGUGAGAACUCCUCAGUGCCAUGGGACAUAUCCACCUCUAAGGAUGAAAAUUUAUCCACAGUUGAUGAAGAAACUGACUGCAAAUCCCUCUCAGCUGAUGACAAAGGGCAGCCAACUGACCCCAGUCAGUCUAGUUUCACAGGUCUUUUGAAAAGAAUGGAACAGAGAGGUGUUAUAAAGAGAGUAACAUUACAAUCUGAAGCAGAAUCAUGUGAAGGGAAACCUGAUUGUAUGACCUCUAAGAAACGUUUGGUUCCUCCAUUGCAUCCUCUUCUGAGAAUUGCCACCACUGAGGUUUUUAAAGACCCUGCUGAUUGCCAUCCUUCUUCCUUCAUGGGGCACAGGGUAUAUCCUGUGGCCAAGGAUACCUCUCCUUUCCAACCAAAUCCACCAGCUGAGGGCCCUAUUGUAGAAGCAUUAGAGCACAGCAAAAGAGGAAGCACAACAUCUCCUCUAGAUUCUACCUCAAAAGAAAUGGAGGUCAUGGGUUGUAGAUUCUACCAUGCUGCUUCCAUUGCAGCCCGAGCUGCUAGCUACAUGGCCUAUAUGACUCAAUAUCAGCGUAAACUCUGGGAAGAUAUGGAGGAUCUCGUUCAUGACCCAGAGUUUGAUCGUGGAAAAGCAAGAUGUAUAAUAUCUGAUGGUAUGGAUGCCGGACUUUGGCAACUUUGUACUACUAGAGACAUAAUGGAUUCUGUAGUCAGAGUUAUGGCAAUGGCAAUAGACUACAGAAGACAAGCCUGGCUCCGACUUACAUCUCUCACUAAGAAAACCCAGGAGAAGAUCUCACACUUGCCCUUUGAUGGUACUUCCCUCUUUGGACAAGAUGUGAAUGCUGUUGUUGCAGAAGAAAACAGUAUUAAGGAAAAUGAUUAUAGAGACCACAACAAAUACUAUAACCAACAUCGAUACUUUUAUAGUCAUGAUCAGAAAGCACAUUAUCACAAUAGAGGAUAUUCCAAAGGAGAUUGGUACAAACCUCGCAACCAUCCUUAUAGAUACAGAAAAAAGGGAGAAUCUCCAGAACGCCACGGGUACAAGAAUUAAUAGCCUGUUUGCGUUCAGCAGCAUAGUCAUCCAAGAUCCUAUUUUACUUGCUACUCCCCACUCAAACAGGAUCUGCAGGUAGGAGGUCAUGUCAGAAACUGAUGCAUGUCUGGAAUUAUCACAGCUAACAUUUAAAUUCUAGACUUUUCAAGUGGAUAUAAUAAAGAGACUCAUGUCUUAUUGGCCAAGUGAGCAGUAGAGACUUUCACCUAAGUAGGGUUGGACAAAGGUUUACUUAUUAUUUCUGGUCCAAAAUAAGUUCAGAUGAGGGUACUCAGGAAUCUGAAUCCUCUUAUGAUUAAAGAAAAAUAUAAAGAUCUGUUCCUCAGGAAAAUCCUACUGAUAAACUGAGGACUAGCUGAUUUGGGGUCUGGAAAUAACCUACUGUUAGAUCCUUCAUUUUUAGGUCAUCAGUGCUUCCUUGUUCAGGCUUCAGCUUGUCAGAUCUUCACAAAAUGAUAAAUCUGUUGUACUGUGUUUAUGUCAGAAUGAUCAACUUAUCAAGAGUCCAUACUACUCUCAAGCUGUCUUAGACUUCAGGAUCAAUCAUGAAGCUGUAUGUCAAGAACUGGAAUACAAAUCAAAUUUUGCCAAAUCCAGUUCGUUUCAGUGGGAUGGCUAGAUGUUACAGGUCUACUGUGGACACCAAUUGGAAAAAGACUUUCCUUCCUGUAACAUCUCUAGAAAUUUUCACAGUAACUAUCUUCAUCGAGACCAAUGGCUACCAUGUCAUUACCAUUCAGAGCCACAUGUGAGAGAAUUCUUUAUCAUCACACCUAAGUCUCUGACCUAUCAAGCUCUCAGAUCUAAAGAAGCUUUGAGACCGAGGCAUGGUGUUCUCUCAAGAUACUCUGGGCUUUUCAGCAAGAUGACCUUCUUAAGCUACCUUCUAAACAGUUGACUUUCUUGAGCUUGGUAAUCCAUCACAAAAAAGAUACAUACAUUAGUGCCCUGGAUAUAAAGGAUGUUAUACCAUCCAGGCAUGCAAAUCUGAACUCUUUUAAGAGAAUUCCAAACAUGCCUGACAAUCUGGUCCUCUUAUUGCAAUAAAGAGGGAUGCCAUCAAACUAGAUGAUACUAAGAAUCCUUAAGUGUUCAGUAUUACUGUGGAUGUCGUAAAGAGAACAUCUCGCACAGCUCUGUUUCUGGAUAUUUAUUUAAAUGAUGAUAUCCAUUAGAGAUUUCUUAAAAGUCUGAAAUCAAGUUUACUGUUCUUCGUUUACUGUUCCCUUAAUCUAGUCAGACUCAUCAAUAGAGACGACUAUCUUUUUGCUCCCAGUUGGUUCCAUUAAUAGUUCUUCACAGUUCUGGAACUGGCAGCAGAUACCUCAAUUGUAUAUCUCACAGUAUCUUUUUAAAAUCUCAAGGCAGUGGCUGUGCAGUAUACCAGCCCUUAGAUCCUCGAUUUUGCAGCAUGACUUCAGAAAUGGAGAAAGUGUCAAGUUUGAGGGGUCUGAAUACAUCACCUAGUAUUAUUUGCUUGGCAGCCAAAAAAAUUUUUUUUAUCAACAGAUUUAAAAUUUUCUAACUUGGUUUGUCAUACAUCUGCAUUUAUUUCACCUGCUUGAUCAAAAUAUUUUGAGUCUACUGUUAGUGGAAUAUAACACUGUUUUAGGAUUCAUAUGGUUUCUAUUUCUUGCCAUAGUUCUUACACAGUGGUGAUUGACAUUUUCCCUAGUGCCCCACUUUCUGAUGGUUGAAGCUCAUUCCCCCUCCACUGUAACUAUCUUCAGCACCCUUUUUACUACUUUCUCUCCCUAUUUGUGCUAGAGGUUGAAGAUGCAAGCAUACCUACUUAGAAGAAGCUAUUUUAUUUUGUCAGUAAUUUCAGAGUACUAUGUUGGUCCUAUUUGUAAAUUAAGCCUAAAAAACAGGCUUGACAGAGGAAAUCAUCUUGCAAACAUUUACUUUUAUUUUUGUAUAUUUUCCACAGUGUUUUACCUCUAUCUUUUUUAGGUCCUUGCCAGUGAUGUAGAAACUCUUUCAUAUUAAACUCCAGAAGAUUAUUGAUUAACUACCCAAAAAGAAAUAAGGGUCUAAAAAAUCAUUUAGAUUUUUAUAGUUUACGAUAUAUAUUGCAUCCGUCAGGCAGUCUCAUGUGCCAUUGACAUGGCACUGUAGUUUCUUUUAUGAAAGGACUAGUCACAGAUGAACUUACUGGAGAGAGACCUUGGAACUGUUCUAUGUGGCUGCACAGUUAUACCUAGUUAGCUAAGGCUACUUCAGACUGUUCCCACUUUUCCAUUUCUCUCCUUUCUUUCCCUGAAUUAGAUACUGGGUUACAAAUGUGAUGAUUUUUGAGGUACUCUUAUUUUCCAAAAUCCAAACCAAAAUGAUGCUUGAAGACAUAAUUCUUUGAAACUACUUUGGCAUUUCCACUUAAUAUGCUCUUCCUCAUAGAUUCUUUGUUUUUAAUUCUGGUCAGAAAAAAAGAACAAAAUUCACCACCUUAACCAUUUUUAAGUGUACGGUUCACUAGUAUAAGCUGUAUUUACAUUGUGUAGCUCCUCCUUAAAUAUUUAUAAAACAGCAUUGCUGUUCUCUUCCUCUUGUGUUAUUUGUGUUGCUCAAUGUUAAAGUAACAUUGCUUUGCCAUUCUCUGAUUGAUAAGCUCAAGCAUCUCCAGAGAAUUUUCCUAAAAGUGGAGAGGUAUUGAGGAGUCAUCAAAUUGUUGAUCUGUAGAUAACUUCUGAAGGGGAUUUGUCAGUUCAGUCGGGACUGUCAGAAUGCGGUAGAAUGGAAACAGCUUUUAGCUGUAGAUUAAUCAGUCUCUUGAUUGCAGAAGAAACAUUCUUAACCUGUUUGUUUACUUUAAAAUCUUUCUCUGGCAUACUUGAAUGGUGGUGGUGUUAUAAAACUAAAAAUGGGGCCCUGAUGUAGGGAGACAACCCCAAAAGCAUAUGGAACUCAAAAUUAAAUAAGUUUUCAUAUUGUGCCUGCCACAGAAUUCUCCAUUGGGCGAACCUUAGAUGUUUAAAUAUCUCUAGAUUUUCUGGGACGCUUUGGGAUAAUUGCAAAUUUAAUGAUUUGAUAUUCUCAGUGGGGAUGCGUCUAAUGAUCCUUUUUCUUCAAAGUGUUAUUUCUCCACUAGACAUAAAAUAUAUGUGAAGACUAUGAUUUCUUGCAGUUUCUGUGUACAGAGAAAUUGUUUCCAUUUGUUAUAUGAAGUGCCUUUUUAAAUUUCACCCUAUUGUUUAAAACUUAACAUUUUGAUGUCUUGCAUAUGUUGCUGGUGAUAUUUAUGAGUUCUGUAUAGUGAUUUUUUUAAUCUUGUAGUUUAUUCAUCAUCUGUACAAUUGCACUAUCUAAAUGUACUCUCCUUCUGAAUGUUAAUUUGUUUUCUUUAUAGCACUGUUAAUCCAUUUCAGAAGGUUGUAGAGUAUGACCCUCCCCCUUUAUUUAAGUAACUACACAGUAGUUCUUUUUAAUUAUUAGGGAUUGGCUCAGUUUCUGAGCAUUAAGGCAGCUUUGUUUUCUAUCUGCAGGUUCUAGGUUUUCUGAUUGAGUCAUUUAUCUCAGACUAACCUUGUUCUAAGCCAUGGUAGCACAACUUAUAUUUGAUAAGUGGAUGUGUUUACUUGGUAAGAAGAAACAAGGACAUUAGGAAAAGCAGUAAAUUUGCUGACACUUUAUCCUUUCUUUUUAGUGACAGCUUCCUUAUUAGUGUAAUUGCAUUUAAACUUUUUUUUUUUUUUAACUGCAUGGCAGCUUCUUUGUAAUUCCAUUUUAAUUACUUGGCCCUCAAAAUGACAUUUUGAGGGGAACAUAAACUCUUUCGGGAUACUUGGAUACUAUUUAGUAUAUUAUGUUAGUACUAUACUAAUAAUUUACUGAAUGAUACCUAAGUGACCUGAUUGAUAAUGUCCUUAAGGGCCCAAUACAUCAGGAUAACCUCUCAGGUACUAAAAAUGAGGAGGUUGGAACAGAUACAAUCCAGAAUCCCUUCUAGCUACAAAGUUGGAUAGAGUUAAAUGCCAUGGAUGAACAGAGUUAAAUGCCACAUUCACUGUUGAGGAUAUAAUUUAGUGGGAUUCCGAUGAAGGUUAGAAAUUAUGGACUAGAUCUUUGUAGAAAUAGUUUAAAAAUUGCAAUAACUGAAAACUUUUUUUUUUUCAAUGUGAGGCAUAUUUUGCCCCAGACUUGCACUGUUUUAGGUUCCCUUGUCUUUUGAAAUUUACCAUUCUUAAUGUUAAUGGCUAGUCCAGUAAUUGAUUGUGAUAUAUACAUGUCAUUUCAGUUGGCCAGGUCCAUUCUUAGUUAUUUUGUGGAUACAGAAACCAAUCAAUUCUUCUGUCUUUCACUUAAGAAAAUACACAGGUGGAAGUUAUUAUUUAACUGAUGAUGAUCAUUAUUGAAUGAAAAUCUUUUAGUUAUUUUUCAAAAAAUAAUGAGUUUUGUAAGCGAUUAAAAUAUUCUUUUAAGGAAUUUCCCUUCCUGGAUGAAUGAUGAGAAUAUUGUUUUAUUAAAUCUUUUUUUCUCCUAUUGAUUAGUGGGAUAAUAUUUUUAUACUACUUUGUGUUUUCAGUUGCUUGACUUUGUAGUAAUGAAAACUUUUUUAUAGCAGUGUUUGGUACCAUUGAGAUAUCUUUUACUGGAAAUUAUGUUUGCUUCUGGUGGGAUGUAUCUGGAAGUGAUCACAGUCCAACCGUUUCCUUUUGAUGUUAUCAUAUUAGUUCAUUCUCUAUAUUGAUCUUUUCUUCCCCUUAAUGUAACACCUCUUUCUAGAAGGAUGUCUGAUCUUCCCUUAGUAUCUUUGAUGUAGAUUAUAUUUUCUAUUCUACCAGUAAAUACUAGCCAGGAUUUUGAUGUGGCUUUGUAUUUGUACUUAAAUACAAAUGUCUUCAGUAUUAUUGUAAGAGAUUUUCUAGUUUUCUCUUUUGUCCUUUUUUUUUUUAAAAGCAGCCAGUUUAGUCUCUGGAACUAUUAUUUCCUGGCUAUUGAACUUCAGUCAGUUUUUAAUGCUUUCUUAUUUAAUGGUAGUCUUAUUUUUCUCAUUUUGCAUAGUUUCACACAAAUGUAUUACUACAUAUGGUUUACGGUUAAUUGCAUCUUCUCGUAAAAAUUCUAAGCCCAUCACCAUAAAGUUAUAGAACAGCUCUGACAUAAACUGUAUCUAAAAAUUAACCAGUUUUCUCUAAGUCUUAAGGGCUUUACCUAUUUUAUUGAGAUAACUGUCUAUUUCAAAUGAUGUCUUGGAUUUUCUGAUGCCUUGUCAAGAAUUCAACAAGAAUUCUCAGGUUGUCUGUACUUUAUUUUCUUUUAGGACUCUGGAGAUCUCUCGGCUUGUAUUGAGUUUUCUAAUAUUUCUAAGUAUAUUCCUUGGUAGCAGUGAAAGUAAAUCCUUUAUAUCUAGUUGUAUUUUAAACUCUCCUUUGAUCAUAAAUGCUUCAAGUGCUAUGAAUUCUGUUAGUAGUCUCCUUAUAAGACCUAUUUUCAUAUGCGAUUUUUUCCUGUCAGCUAUGUAUCCUAUGCCUUCUGUUUUCUGUCAUUGCCUGUAAGAGUAGCUCUGUCAUGUUAUUCAGUUUUGAGCACUACAAUUAGACCUCUUGUCAACUCACACUUUUAUCUGUGAUAAUUAUGUUUCGCACUACUUAGUGUGCAUUUAACACUAGUACCCUACGUUUGUGGUCCCUUUAUCUGUACCACUUUUAGUUGCUAGGGCAACAUGAUGUGGGUGAUUGGGGGGAAGCAUUUUCAAAGUCACUUGAACAGUCUCAAAUUUUCAGAUCCAUUUUUUUUUUUAACAUAUUUAAUUACAUUAAACAUCCUCCUGUUAGGUGUGAAGCCCUUUUUGCCUUGGUUCAAGUAUAGUCAGUGUUUAACUAGCCUCAUUUAGAUUCUUAGCAAGAGUUGCAUGCAAGUUGGUCUUUGUCUAAUGCCUAUAACAGCCCCUGUUUACUUUUAGCAAGAAUAUAUUUUGAGAUCUUGGAAGCACCUUUAUAGCCUUGGGCCUAAGGGUUGUCUUCCUGCCUGGCAAGCAAGUGGAGGAGAGAAUUUUCAUUUAUAGAGCUCACAUUUACUACACUAUGUGCUAAAAUUUACAAGUUAUUCUUGAGGAAGAAAUUCACCCUUAUUUUGCAGAUGAAAAAAUGAAACAUUAAGUAUGUUGCUCAAAUGGUGGAGCCUAGCUUUUGAAUAUUAACUAUUUUCCUCCACAGUCUCAGUUUAGCAUUUUACUAGGCUGCCUCUUCAUAUUUUUCAAGACUCAGUUCAAGUCUUAACUUCUCUGAUAAGCUAAUUUGACCUAUACUAAUCUUUUUCUUCCCUAAAUUUUAUGUUUAUGGCUAUAUUCUUAUUCCUCAGUACUUGAUGUCUUACAUUAACUAAUUCUUGGUCAUUUUGCUUGUCAGAUCAGAAACUCUUGUUUUCCCGUUGAAAUUUCACUGUGUGGGACUAAGACUGUUCUUGAUGUAUAGUCAUUGACUUGUUUCACGUAUUCUGUUCUUUUUCGGCACUAAUCAUUUUAGUCCAUUUUUGCUUGUUUUUUUCUUUUUCUUCUACCUUUUUUUGUUAUACCGUUUUGUUUCAGAUACAUGCUUAAGGUGGUUGGUUUUUUUUCCAGAUUCUUUAGGAUAUUGGGUAGGAAGGAAGGUGGUAUGGUGCAGAGCACAUGGUAUUUAAAUUCUAAGACCUUGGUCUGAGUAUUAGCAAGUCAGUUACUUUCGGAGCCUCAGUUUUCCUACUCUCAAAUGAGGUAAUGCCUGGGAAUACUUUGGAAUUUCAAAAGCCCAGUACAGGUUUCUUUUCUUUCAUAGUGUGCUUUUUCUACACACAUAGAUAUAUUAUAACUGUGGAAUGGUAUUGGAUAUAAAUACAGAUACAUUUUAAGAUGUAUAUUUAAUAGCAUGUAGUAGGUUCAUAUCAUCAGAUCAUGUUCCCCUUGUUUACAGUUUUUAAGGCUCAACUGUUAAGCUAUAUUACAAGUUCAUCAAUGGAUUAAGUCAUUGAAAGACAUAUUUAAAGUAAAAUAGUCUCUUUUCUCAAGUGCAGGCUAAGAAAUGCUCAUAAUAAACAGUAAGGAAAUAAAGAGAAUGUAGAAUGAAGAGCUAGGUUAUAUAGGAAUGUGUAUAUGAUUUUUGAUGGUUGCUGUUUUGUCACUUUGUGUCUAUAUUGGCAACAAUCUUCUAUCAUAGUUUUCAGUACCUAUGUACAGGCAGGCACUGAGGAAGGUGUGGAGGAACUUGGUUAAUAAGAGAUGGUAUAUUCUCUUAAGAGAAAGAAAUACCAAUAUAAUGUAACUGUUCUGUUUAGAGGAAUGCCUGCAGUGAAGUUGGAACAAAACAGAAGGCCAUUUAGAGGGAUCAGGGAAAAUUUUCCUACUUAGCAAAUACUUGAGCUGAGGCUUGCAUGUUGCAAUCAUGUUGAUUGAAGAGCUAGUUGGACCAGAAGGGAAUUAGGAGCCAGGCAUUUAGAUGAAUCAGUGCAUACAAAAGCAUGUGAAACAUUGUGUCUGGUUUCAGAAUUAUAAGGAACAGACUUUAUGGGGGACAGUUGGUAGAUACUAAGUUGAAGAAAGAGGAUUAAUUACCCAUGAAAAUGUAUUGGUUCCAAUCUAUUCAAAAUGUACCAAGUUUGUGUAGCUGUUAUGUGUAAGGUCAUAGAAGUAGUCUGUCCAGAGUUCGCUUUGUACCAUAGUCCCCUGUGGUCAGCUAGCGCAAUUCUUUUUCUUCCCUGAGCUGAGCCAAAGGAAGGCUUUUCAGUCAGUGUCCCUCUAGUCCCAGGAACAGCUCAAGCAGUGAAAAAGAACUGAGACACUAGUAGAGAACAACUUUGAAGAUGAACAGGAUGAUGGCACUGAAGUGAAAUGUGUAUGGGUAUACAGUUGCAUACUUCAGGACCUCCUAUUGACAUUGUGUUCUCAGUGUAGCUAAAUGUGGUUCAUUUCCCUGUUCAUUGGGUUACAGAUAAUUUGAGGGUAGACUUGGGGGAAAUGAAGAUAUUUCUAAAAAUGUUGCUUCAUUGGAGUUUGGAGAUGUUGUAUUGAAGAAAGACCUGUGAACCUUGUGCCAGUGGUAUCUCCAGCAGCACCCAAAACACAUUUUGUCAAUUUCCUGUUUGGUUUUCUGUGAUUUGAGUUUCUUUUUUUGUUUUUGUUGCCACUUUCACCUUUUCUCUUUUCUUUUCAUAAUUCAUCCUUAUUCUUGCUGUGCCAGAGUUAUAGCAGUGGCAUUCAGGGUUAAAAUUGCAGCUCCCCUUUGCUACUUCAGAGGUACUUAAAAAUUCUCAAGUUCCAGUUAUGGUUUUGUUCUGUUGUGGUUUUGGUUUUUUAUGGUCCUGUACUGAAGGAGAAUCAAAGUCAUUCUUCCUAGGAGGGGAUUUUUAUAAGUAUACAUACUGGCAAUUUACCCAAAAGACAAUACAGGAAGAAGAAUCUUAUUUAACAGAUUUGGUGGUACUAGUCUUCUUAACUAAGUAAAGUUCUUUACGGAAUGGGGUAUAUCUAUAUGUAUGUUUUUUAAGUUUGCCAUAUAAAGCAGAUGUUAUGUGUACUUUGUAUUUGUAAACAAUAACCAGUUGGGGGUGGGAAGAUGGUUGCUUUGUACAAAAGGGUUGUUUCCUGGUUCCAAAGCUUUGCUGCUGGAGAUGGUAAAUAAAUAUUGUACUGCUUUGCUGUGUUUAUCCCUUCUGCUCUCUCUGUAUUUGAAUAUAAAAUACUUAAGAAAAA